AAAUUUUCCUUUAAUUGUUGAAAAUUUAUUGUGACAAUCUGUGUUUUGUGUACUAGUGAAGUAACAUAAUGUCGGACACUGGAACUCAUUUUCCUCCGCAAACUUAUUCAUCGAUAUUCAACUUGAAUGCGUUGGCUGAGGAAGAAAGCAGUGCAAGUUCUAAAGAAAAUGGAGUAAAAGAAGAGGGUUCUCAAAUACUUGAUUGCUUUAUUACUUCGAUGGAGCGAACAUUUUUAAUUUUCUUAUAUUAUCUGUUCAUUAUUCGGGCAGAGAAUAAUUCAACACGAGAUUGUUCAUCAUGCUCUAAUAGUACUGUAAAUAAUGAAGACUGGACUUUAGAGAUAAAGUUGGAUCUCAGUAGAAAAAAUUUGUCUAAACUGAACGAUAAACAGCUUUUACCGUUUUCGUGUUUAACCGAAUUAAAUUUAAGUAGAAAUAACUUUCAGUCGUUGAGUUCCAGUUAUUUUAAAGGCUUGAGUAAUUUAAAGUACCUAAAAUUUAAUAGAAAUAAGAUUGAACGCAUUAUCGAGUCAUGUUUUGUUAAUUUGGAGAGUUUAGAAAUGUUAGAUCUGUCGAGGAAUACCAUAAGCGUAAUCGAGGAUUCUGCAUUUCGUUCACUAAAUCAAUUAAAAAAACUUUUAUUGUCUCGUAAUUCUAUAGCGGAAAUAAGGAACAAAACCUUUAACGACCUGUCUGAUUUGCGAGAAUUGGACUUAAGUUAUAAUAAUCUUAGCUUUGUUAUGACCACUAUGUUAAGGAAACUGAGCUCUUUAGAGACUUUAAAUCUUUCAAAUAAUAAAAUUGUUAUAUUUUCUGUAAAGGACGUUAUUUUUCCAAGGCUUCUUUCUUUGAACUUAUCAAGUAAUAGAAUACCGUUUAUUGAUAUUGACAUGUUUAACAUAACAUUUACCAAUGAGUUAUUUAGUGUUGAUAUAAACUGUAAUCAGUUUUCGUGUACUGCAUUAGAAUUAACUUUGAAAACUGCGGAAAAAAUAUAUGUUAAACUUGUACCAGGUGUGGAAGUUCACAAUAAGAGAAGUCGUGAAGGUAUUUUUUGCAUAAUUGAGAGAGAAUCGCACACUUUGAAUAUUAUAAUGACCUUAGUUCUUAUUACUAUCAUUCUUGCACUUUUGUUGUGUAUUGAUCGCAGUAUGGGGUAUCGCUUCAUUAACAAGUUGUUUUGCUGCUUUAAAACUUGCAGAUAGAAUGAUAUUUCCCCAUUUAUAAAUUUUAUUUUAUGUAUGUAUGUAUUUACAUCAGUAGUUAUAUUAGUCAUUUCAUGCUUUUAGAAUUCUUCAUGUACAUUCUACUGAACAUGGGUCAUCUCUAACUCGAGUAUAGCAAAAAAACAUGUUUUAUUCUGUUGAGUCAAAUAUAAGCACCCUGUUUUCAAAACGUUAUUAUAGUUUUCUGCUUUUUUAUUUAUUGACAUGUUUUACUAGCAUAUUCUUCUAAGGCGGACUCCGACGACUCGUGUACUGUGCAAAUAAUUGUGAUAGGCAUACAGGGUACGGUCGUAGCAUACAGGGUAAUACAUCGUAGAUCCUAUAAUAAAUAACUUAGAUAUUUUGUAUAGAUGUAUACCCCUGUAUACUAAUAACAAAUAUUUGCCAAGUACACACGAAUCGUCUCAUAUUUAACGAAAAAAAAAAACUUCAGUGAAAAUAAAUGGGAAAUAAUUUAAGAGUUGUUCCAACACAGCAGAGAACCCGUUCGUAGUACGUUUACGCUUAUGCGCAGUAGAGAAAAUGCGUUCCAGCAGCGAGAAAAUCGUUUAGCGAACGAUAACUUUUGCGUUCCAUCCAGAAUUGUAAUUGUUCGUGAGCCGUAUUUGGAACAGUAAUUUCGAUACCAGCCUAAAAGCAGGAAUCAAAACAACUGACCGGCGCACACACGGCAAAAUGCUUGACAAAAAUUGAAAUUACAAAUAUUUUGUUUCGUAUGUUUAUCCACUCACUGUCAUUCUUAUAAAAUCUGUGGACCUAAUUUUAAAUGUUAUAAAUUUUUUCGAGCAACUAUACCGGUACAAGCGGUACCAAAAGUUGUACAAACGUGGAGCGCAAAAAGCCUUGUUCUCAUGGAGCAGAAAAUCGCGUUGCGGGAACGGAAUAACGCUUAUUGUCGAAGAAAGUAAAAUUGGUUCACAUGAAGCGGAAUUCCGGAUGCGCAUUUUUAUAUAAAUUUAGGGUAUUUCAGAUUAUUUUCUAGUGAUUUUUUUAAUGUCAGAACUUUUAUGCACUAAUUCAAAAACACACUUGUCUUGUCACUACAAGGCAAGUGUGUUUUUUAAGUAAAUAAACAAUAAACAAAAAUAUUUGUAACUUGUAUAUUAUUCUAUUAAUUAAUUUAAAUUUUAUGGUGAUUAUGGAUACUAAUAUUGCUAACAAUUAAUACAAUUAUAACUAUUAUCAAUGGAGAAGGCAGUAGGUACAUAGUUGGAUUAAUAUUAAUUUAUGAAUGGCCUAAUAACAAAAAGUCUUUACAAAAACAUAUAAUAAAAAAAGGAGAAUGUGGGUCAGAGAUAUUUUCUUAAAAAAUGUCUGAGCAAGCAAUCCCAACUCCAAAAUUAAAAUUCAAACUACCAAAACAAUCAAAACCAAAACAAACAGCAACUUCCCUCCCAAUUUGAGGUUAAGUUAAAAAUUAAACGAAGAAAGAACAUGUUUAGACAAAGAUAGACUAUAAAAACUCGCUAAAAAGUUAAAAAUAGUUUAACUUUUUGCGGAUCCGUCAAAAGUUGAAAUUUUCCCGUAGCGGGACAAUUUAAAAAAAAUCCGCGCUCGCAACGCGAUUUUCUGUCCCAUGAGAACUAGGCUAAAGAGUGUCAUUUACACCCAGCACAGCCAUUUGAAAAAUAAUUAUCAUUAUGGACAAUAUAGCUACAGACAUGUAGUACAAUUAAAUAACAUCAACGUAAUAAAUUUGGACUGUUUUGAAUGUAGAUUAAAUAUAUUUUAAACCAAUGACUAAAGAAUAUAAGGACAUGUAACGCCCCUAUACGGGCUGCUGCAGAAUUUGUGACCUUUUUUUUUGUUUU